AUGAAAGAAGUCGGGUUCACAACAUAUCCCGAUCUUGAAACGAAACAACAUGUUUACAUGCGAUAUAAACAUGAAGGUAGUCCCAAGUGGUAUGUAAAAUGCAAUGAACUUGUGACACGAUCUGAUGGCGUAGUUUGCCGGUGUUCAAUGCAAGAACAAAGGGAGGAUCAUUAUAAAAACUGGCUUAAGACUCAUGUUCACACAUGUCAGGCCGGAGAAGCAUUAUCGCAGCAAACAUUACUUGACUACUACAAUAAAGGUAAACAGCCAAAUGAUCCAAUGUUGGAUUUAUCGAAUGUAUACGAUGAAAUGACCAUUUUUACCGGUAAGUUCAACCUUGCCUUAGACACAUUUGCAUCCCCAGAAUUCACGCAUGUUGCAAAGAUUUUCAUUAUGUUCACAAUAUAUCAAAUGAUGAACAAAUACAAACAACUUCAGUCAGCUAAUAUCAAUCCGGAAAAACUUGCUGACAAAUUAUAUAAGCCUAUUACACGUGAUGAGAUCCGAAAUAGAAUGAUUGCUAUUGCUAACAGCAUACACCUUGCUAAAGUUCUCGAAUUCGCCAAAAAAGCAUACACUUGUGUCGCCAUCGAUGAAGGCAAGACACAUGAUUACCACAAUCUUGAUUUU